GGGUAGAACAAGCUUGUGAUGCUAAGUAUAAAGGAGUAUUAGGUUAAUUCACUCUAAGACACGAGGCAUUUGUUGUAAAUUGCCCAGCCUAUUUCGUGGUGUGUAGUUAGCUACCUAGUAGGAUUGUAAAGUGCUGCGACAAACCACUCAUGGUCUCAUUAACCUAGACUGCUUGAAACAAAGGUUACUGGGCAUUGGCAAUAUGAGCGAAUAUAUAGAACUGAAAUGGAAUUCACACUCCUCCACUUUCACGAAGAAUCUUUGCAAUUUAAGAGAACAGCAAAUCUACACUGAUGUCACUAUUUCCUGUGGGGAUCAGUUUUACCCAGCACAUCGUCUGGUUCUGGUCACUUCUUGUAAGCAGCCUUUUUUGAAAAAUAGCUAGAAGAUGACUAAAUGUAAAUCUCCUGUUCUCCUACUUUAUGGCAUAGAACAAUUCAUAUUGGAACAUUUGUUAAUGUUCAUGUAUGAUGGACAGGUUACGGUUACUAAAGAUGAUCUUCCAAGUUUUAUCAGAGCUGCUAAAUGGCUUGGCUUGAAAGGUUUGGAUACAGUUGCCAAUAAUGAGGAGUCCAAGUUUACCGGAAGACACUUUCAACAUGAUUUUCAAAAUGGAGAAAGUGAAGGCGCUAAAUACUUUGAAGCUUGGAGAAAACUUUUAUCUCCACUCGUUAAUUCCAUGGGGGAUCCUUCCUCACUAGAUGAAAUGACUACUGUUUUACAUCAAUUAGUUGGAAGGAGAGAGAGUGAAAAAACAAUUGAAAAUCUGGUUGUGUCAAAUGUUACAUCUUUGAGCAUGCAUGAAGAGAGUGACUCAAGAUUUUUAGGUAGCAGUGGCAGUGUAGAGAAUGAUUUUGCAUAUGAAACCAGGAUUAAAUGUGAGGUGUCAGACAUUUCUAUGGAGGAAGAAGAGAUCCUUCUGUCAGGCCCUUCAUUUAGGCCAUUGGAUUUAGGAAAUAGUAUUUUGGAUACUUAUGACAGUUCAGACAGUGAUAAUGAUUUUGAAGGAUGGGAAACCAGCCUAGGAAAUUUCCCAAACAAGUUAAAGGAUUUGCAGCUCCACAUCAAUCAGAGUGAAAUCCACGACAAUGGAGAUAUCUUUACAUCUUCCUCAUCCUCUGAACUUUCCCCAGAUCAUACUGCUAAGGAUAAUGAUACUGAUGUGUACAGCAAAAGGAAGAGACCUCUUCGAUGCAAGCAGUGCAAGCUUGUAUUUAAUGUCAGGGAAGAGUUAGCAGAACACCUUCAUAGUCAUGGCCAUAAUUUUUGUUAUGAAUGUAGCAAAGGUUUUUUGAGUUCUAGACGUUAUAUCAUGCACAUGAGGUUACAUGAAGAAGGUUCAUUGCUUUAUUGUACAGAAUGUACUUUCAAAACCCACAGUAAGAGGGGCCUGGCAAUCCACUGGAGUGUCAUGCAUGGAGAUGACCAGCAGGGAGAUUCAUAUGACAACAAAAUCCCAGAAUCUGUGUCAUUAUUAAUAUGUGACGUAUGUGGUUUUAGGAGUAAUCAUCUUAGAGGUUUUAAAAGACAUGUAACUUGUAUGCACUCAGGAAAAAGAUGGAAAGAAUCGAUAGUACAAGGUGAUAGGGUGGUUGAAAAUGAAACAUCUUAUUACAGUUGUAACAUGUGUGACUUCAGCAGCAACUGCCAGACAGGUCUAAAAAGACAUAUGACACGUAAACAUUUUAAAGCUACUACUGCCAAUGAUAGUGUUGAACAAGAAGCCGUUUCCCAGGAAGAUGACUCUUUAAUUAAAUAUCACUGUAGCAUAUGUGAAUUCAGUAGUAUUCAUAAGAGAGGUUUUAAAAAGCAUAUGUCUUGUGUGCAUGAUAAGUCAGACAUUGUUUUAGACAGACAAAUUGUAAGCAGUCAUUCUGAAGAUACUAUUGAUGAUUCAAAAAGAACUUUGAGGUCAUACAGCAAAAGAUAUGAAUGUAAACACUGUAACAGAAGUUUUGAAAGUUUUAGAAUGCUUCGCAAGCAUGAAGUUAUUUCAUGUGGGCGAUAUGAGUGUAGAUACUGUAAAAAGAGAUUUGGAGCUGGUAAGAGAGAAGAAUAUUUAGCUCAUCUUCAAACACACAAAGGAAAUGAAACAACUUUCAGUUGCAAGAUCUGUUCUUAUGCUACAAAUAGGAGGAGAAGUUUAAGUGAUCACAUGUGUAGGCACACAGGUAUAUAUCGUUUCUCAUGUCAGUGGUGCUCAUUUAAGUGUAUAAGACAAAAUCGUCUCCAUGCUCAUAUGUAUCGCUACCAUGAAAAUGAAUUAAGCAAGGAAAAAUAAAAUGUGCAAAUGAUGAUGGUUUAGAAAACAAACUGGAUUUGAAUUCUUCAACAGACCUCCAAGCAUUGGAGAAUUCAAAUUGUUUAUCACUGCAGAAUGAUGGUGAUCAGAGUGAAAUAUAAAAGUCUUGAAUUAGUAUUUGGAUUUCAAAUAGAAAAUUACAAUUCUCAAGAAUUAUUGUUGCUUAAAAAAUAAGAUUAUUAGAUUUUUUAAUUGUAAAUCAUGUGGAAAAGGAACUUAAGAAUGUCUUAUUGACACAUGGAUUGUGAAGUUAAAAAUUAUCAUUUUUACAGUUAGCAGUUUUUUAUUCCUUGCUUAUAAAAAAGCCAAAGAACAAUUUGUCAGGUACAAAACUUACACAGUAGUACAUGUAUAAUUAACGUCAUGAUUUUUUUUCUUUUCUUUCUUUCUGUAUGGUGUGGUAAACUUUUUUUUCUCCUAUGCUAUGAUUAAGGUACUGCCACAUUACAGUAUUUAUAACUUGUCAAAGCUCUUUAACAAUUCUUGUAGGAUUGUUAUCCUUAUCCCAAAUUUCCAGUUAUUCGACCAUCUUGUUGUCCCCAUUCCCAUCCAGGCAAUCAAACACCACAAAAUACAUAUUUUCACCUAUGCUAGCUUUUGUAAACCUUUCAAAACCUUUUACUCCAUAAACUACAUUAUGUAAGCAAUAUACCUCAUUUGAUUUAAUUUCCUUCUUCAGUUUACGUUUGACAUUUUGAUUUAAUUUACGAUAAGGACCAUUAGCUCAGUAAUCCCUUUAUACAUUCCAGUCUUGAGACUACUUUCUUUUUCAAAUAUUUAGCAGCCAGUUUAUCUUCUUUGUUUCGCAUUUUCUGUGGCUUGCUUUAUCUCUUUGCUAUCAUUUAUUACAUUUGAUCCUGAAUCUAUAUAUGAAUCAACCACUUUAUAUUGUCAUUACUUUAUUUCUGCUAAAUUCAACAGUUGGCUUCCUCCUCUACCAACUUAACUUCCCAUUAAGUUUAACACAUUAUCAGCCUUUCCAUUCUCCAUUCAUGACCACAUAAUACUACAAGGAUGUUGGAAGAUAGCAGCAGUUGUUAAGAAACAACCUGGUGAUGCUAAUCAUAUUAGUACUAGCAACAGACCAGUGACACCAGUUCAGGUAUCUGCACAUUGAGUUUUUGCAAAGUACCCUCGACUUCCCUUCUGGUAAUAACCAAAUCUUCCAGGAAUUUGUCAGACCCGUUAGAGUUUUUGACCAUGAGAAGGACAAGAUAUUGCUGUUUAUAGUAUUUUGGCAUUCUUAAGCAGCUUCAGAUGCGAGACUUGGAAGGAAAAAUUGAUAUAGGCAUGAAAAUCAUUGUGCUGGAAUGUCCCCCUAUCAAUCUGACAUCAGAAUUCAUCGCCUCAGUGCAGAUAUGCUGUUUUAAUCUCUUCAUUUUAUUCCCAAAUAGUAUAUACUACUUUGUCAAGUAUUGUCUUUGACUUUUAAAUUGGUUAACCUGUGGUUUAAGCAUUUUGCAUAAUAUUAUGACAAUUUUUCACUGGAGCAGUUUUGUGUUUUGUGCACAAAAAAAAUCUUCUGCAACUUUUUCUAAAUAGACUUGGAUUCUUAAAAACUAUCUUUGUGAAAUACACUAUUCCUCAAGCCUACUUUUCUCCUAUGUCAGAUUCAUUCUUGCAGGAUGAUAGCGCACCCAAAACAGUCUGCAGUACUUACCUAUGUAAUUGUUUUGCUGUAACUUCUAGAACAAUUGCAACUUGCCCUUCAUGUUGGUUUUAUAAUGGUUGAUGAUGACUGCGCUGGAUAGGACUUAUCCAGUGUUAUUUUGCAAGUGUAUUAAUGCUGUGAGAAAGGUCUGGUUAGAGUUGCUUUUAAGUUUAUCGGAAACUGUUCUGUAUGAAUUUCUUAUUUGGAUUUCUACUUGAAUCUUACACAUAGAUGCAUGUAUUAAUUUGUCCUUAUUGUGUGAUAUUUAGAUAUUUUCAAAUAUGAGUUAAUUUGAAAAAGUUUUACACAUAUCUAUUUAAUUCAAUGCUUGUACAUGACAACUAUAACCAUAUUGGUUUUGUUACUAGAAAAGAUUUAUCCUAAUCACUUUAGUAGAUGGUUUUGAUUCCUUGGGUUCCUGAUAUCAAGCCUGUAUAGAACUAUGAAACUAUGAAAUUUUUGUUGAAUAAAAAGUAACUGCACUGUAGUAAUUUCCAUUAUACUAGUAAUUUAUUAAUUUUUGUGCCAUUUUUUCAACAGAUUUCUAAGAGGUAAAGAAAAAUCUUAAAUUUAAAAUUUAAUCAUACAUGAAAUACACUGAUUAUUCAUUCACAGAAAUUGUAGUUACUAUAUUCAUGGAGGCAGUCAUAAUUACCCACCUAGUUCUACUUAUUGAGAUCUCUUGAGCUUCAUUUUAGUGCACUUGGUCUAAAUUUCCAUCUGGUACAGGUCAUCGUUUCAUGCCCAUCCCCCAUGAUUUAAUGGACUAUCCUGCAGUUUCCAUUGUUCCUUUAAAGGCCUGUCCAGAUGAGCGGGUGUGAUCGCCAGGCAGUGCGGUCAGUUGGCAAAUUCUGCCGGGCUUAGCCAUGAGCAUUGUCCAAACGACAGAGUUGACAAAUGGGCGGACUUGCCUGAUGACGAUGCCAAUACACUGUUGAGUGUUGUACGAAAAACAUGGUGGCUAGUAUUGCUCAGAAAAGAAACUGUUGUGCUGCAUAAUGAUUUGCGUAUGUAUAAAGAAAAAGAUGAGUGUGUGGUGCAAAGAUUGGCUAAAUAGGAGAGAUGUUUACGGGAGCCAUACAACAAUAGUGCGUAACUACAAUAUGCCUGUGAUCAUGAUUAUAGAAGCUGCUAUAUGAGAAUGAGUGUAAGUACAUUUCAUCAUGGCAACUGAUUCCAUAUACUCCAAGCAAAGGUAGAGCCAUACAUCCAAAAACAAGAUACAAACAUGCGACACAGCAAAACAACAGGCUCGAUAAACAUGCAACACAGCAAAACAGGAGAGAGAGAGAGAGCGAGCUACUAAAAUAGUCUACAAGAGAGAGAGAGAGAGUUAUUAUUAAUAGGGCUUAGUUUUCCAGACCUCUGAGUCUUAAGAGAGAGAGAGGAUCAGGCCCGCUCUUGUGGACAUGCCUUAACACUUCUCAUCAAGUGUCCAAACUAUCUAUUUUCUCCCCAUGAUUCCACAGCCUCAUUUCAGUCAUUUGUAAUAUGCUCUUCAAGCAUAUUAGUGAUUACACCUCUUCAGCAUUUCCAAUUUUUUUGUAUGCCCAUGUAAUUACUGUAUGUGGCGCUGGCCUUACACAUGUAAAUUAUUGUUCCGUUUACUGACGGUGUUGGUAUUUUUAUUCCUACUAUCUUUCUAGAUACUUGGUUUUCAAUCUGCUGUAACCCCCAGGCAAAAGAUUUAUUAAUUAGUGUUCCUCCCCCUUAACCUGUUUUUUGUACCAUUUGGGCUUCCAAACACUUCAUUUAAAUUGCAUUAUACUGUAGGCAUCACUUUUACUCCACUUAUUAAAUUCUAUAUAAAGUAUUUACCAGAGUUCACCCUAUGCAUAUACUUUACACUACUCUACCACUUUCAAAUCAUUUUUUUUUACGCAACUUUCAGUUCCCCCUUAUUGUGUUCUUCCACCUUUUAAACAUUUCUGUGAUUUGUUUCUUUGAUUCUGUUAACAUUAAUCCAUGUGCAUAUAAAGCUUCCAGAAACUAUUUUGUAGCUUUUUCCAUUACUGUGAUAAACAAUAGUCAUCAUUGCUGAUCACUGAUGGGCAUCAGCAUUUAUCUCAAAUUCUUCAGAUAUACCACCCACUGAUUACAUUAUAGAAACAUCACCCACUUGGUAAGUGUUCACUCCAAUUAUGUAAUGCCAAGUAAGUUGCUGGUGUUGGUACCCUGUAUAAUGCCUUCUCAAUUCACAUUAAAUACGAGGUAUAAUCUCCUCUUCACAUAUUUUAAAAAUGUCUUUCUAUGAAGACUGACUUAAUGGCUAUGUAUCAAGUAACUAAGAAAUCCCAAGAGCUCUCAAUAGAGUCAGAUUUUACAUUCUUUGUUGGUCCAUUGGUUGAGUCAUCCUGCAUUUUUAUUUAGAAAAAGAAAAUGAUUUUGUAAUUUAACGAAAAGUUUUUUUAUCUAUAAAUAAAACUAUUGAAAGUGUUUCUGUGGCAAGCUUACUUCAUGUGGUCCUGUUAAACCAACAGAACACAUUCAUUGUAAAUUUCAAAUGUGAUGUACAUUAAGCAGAUCUUAUUAUGAUUUUUAUAAAGCAUUUUAACUAGACAAUUUAAUAACAUUUUUAGAGGAAUGAGUGGCAUAAAGGAUUUCUACUUAAAGAUUGUUUUAAUUCUGGUUUAAUAAGGCUACUGAAGUUGUAAUUUAUGAAAUAGGUAUAAGUUUUAAUUAUAAGAAUAAAUCCUUUAAAUAAGAAAUACGAGAAUUGAGACUUCAAUCGAGUGAUUUAGUAUAACCAGGUGUUAAAUAAAAUAAAAUUAAUAAACAGUA